AGUAUUUUGGUGUGGUCAAGAAGUUUUAAUCAAAAAGCAUGGGUCGCCGUCGUUCCAAGCGAAAGCCCCCACCCAAGAAGAAGCUGGUGGGAACCCUUGACACGCAGUUUACGUGCCCCUUCUGCAAUCAUGAAAAAGCCUGUGAAGUCAAGAUGGAUCGGACCAGGCAGAUUGGCGUCAUAUCUUGCAGAGUGUGCUUGGAAGAUUUCCAGACUGGCAUUAACUACUUGACAGAACCUGUGGAUGUAUACAGCGACUGGAUUGACGCUUGUGAAUCGGCCAACGGGUAGCAUACGAGAAGGAGACCAUGGGGGCAGGAGAAGGGGUGAAGGCUAGGGUUGCUGCUGUAGAUGCUUGCUGGACCACAAACUCCACAUUCUGUCGCUGCCAUGUAUGUACGUCUGUCCAGAUUUUUUUAAACUCUGCUGCAUGGGUCAGUUUGCAGAAAGCCAGUUGAUACCUCCAAUGCUGUAUUGCAUACUCAGCAUGCAGCAAUAUUGGUCGCACAAAGUGAAACUCAGACCCCAGAGCAAAGGGAUCUUCUCCCACGGCAGGUUUCACAAACUUAAAACGCCAAGUUGGAGAUAGUGUGUUAUCUCUUGAAUUUUUUCCCUGAGCAAAGUGUAACCAUUCCAGGUACAAGCUGUCAGGAGUCGUGUAUUCAUUUUGUCACUUUGGACGUCAAGGUGGGAUUUUACGCAUGAUUUAGUUAAGAAGCUGUCCAUGAAUUUAGGUUUUUGUUCUAGAUUGGCUCUUUCCAGAUGAUUAACUUUGUUUACCCAAAGAACUCCAGAACAACUAAGUUGUAACCCUGAGCCAUGUUUGUUUAUCUUUUGGCUUUUCUACAAAGAGCAGACAGUCCCAGGCACAAUUUGUUGAAAUAUGUCAACACUAAAUUUUUCGUAGAAACUGAAUUUUAGAACCUUGUAUCUCGUAAGAGUAAUUUUGAAGUGAGGUUUAUUGUGGCUAUUACAUUUUGGUGUAAAAUCAGCAAGUGGCCAUGGAUAUGUUGCGAAAACUUAAGUGAAAAAAGAGUGUACAUUGAAGAUGCAAUUUGCAUCACAAAAAUAUAGACUUUCAAUUUUGUAACCAAGAUAAUUUAAGAUGCUGAAGUGCUCCAGUUUUUAAAGGUUUUCUUUUCUUUCUUUCAUGGUGAAAUUGUUUAAGGUCGAGAAAUGUACUUAAAUUAGUGAGAGUAUCUACAGAAAUGUUCUUCAGACAUAGAAACCUACACCAUGGAAACAGAAGCUGAUCAUUUCUAUACUUUUUGAGGUUGUAAAUAGAUGUAACAUUGGUUUCCAUCAACCAAGGUUUAGUUCAUCUGUUCAAGGUGAAGAAACUCUUUUCUUAGGUUUUUGAAGGUUUUCUUUUAGAUCAUUGCAUUCGCUAGAAGUAAAGGCAGAACACAUGUAAAAUGGAAGCAUUUGGGGAGAUUUCAGAUGCAUGUGUCUUCUUUUGCUGUUUCUUUUCAGCUAAAAAAAGUGAAUGACAGAGGUUGUAAUAUUAUCCUGUCGAUUUUAUUGAACCAUUUUGUAUCUAAUACCUUUACUUUGGUGGAAAGUUUACAAUGGUAAUAAUCCUCCCAGGAAGUUGCUGAAGGUCAUUUCUCACAUUAGAUGAUACAGGAAUAAUAGAUUCAAAAACGAUGGAUUCAACAAGCUCAGACAGAAAAAGUAACCCCAACACAGAGGUCACCUUGUGCUGUAUCAACUGAUUUCUUACCAAAGGAACAUGGCAUCAGAUUUUGGCUUAAAUAAAAAUUACAUCCCAUAUUCUGAGAUGUCUUAAUUUGGUCAAAGAAAAUACAUGUGCAUACUGCAAGGCCAGUAGAGUUUCCACAAACAUGUAACAUGCAACAAAAAAUGCUGAAUACAAAUUAACUUUCUGCAACAAUUUAACGCCUGUGCAUCUGAUCAGGUGCUCCAAAUAGUUUGUGAGGUGAAAAUGUAAAGAUUUCUGCCUGAUACAUGUAUUUAAAGGAGCACCUGCUUAUAAUAAGAGUAUAGUCUAUUAACAAAGGCCAAUACGUGUACAUUAUUUCAUCAAUUAAAAUUGCUCAUCUUGAUUCUUGA